GCUCGCACCACACCAGAAAAAACAAACACACAAGAAAGAAGAAGAAACUGCAUUUGCAAACAACCGUAUCACAAAUAUCAAUUCUCCAUUAAUCCUGUGGCAAAUGGCCACCACGCAUUCGCAAGCUGGUGGUGGUGGUGGUGGUGGUGGUGGUGCUGUGGCCACUAUGCCUGUAGCAGCCACUCCGACUUCAACCGCCGCUACCGGUUGCUCCUCCCUCCUCCUCCAAUCGCCGAUUCUGAUAUUCUCUCUGUUCCACAAGGCCAUUAGCUCUGAACUCCGCUCACUCCACCGAGCUUCCCUCGACUUCGUUUCCGACCCUUCUCACCUCAUUUCCUUCUCACGCCGCUGCCACUUUCUUCGCACCAUCUACAAGCACCACUGCAAUGCCGAGGACCAGGUCAUAUUUCCUGCCUUAGAUAAACGUGUGAAGAAUGUGGCGCGCACCUAUUUUUUGGAACACGAGGGGGAGGGUCUACUUUUUGAUCAGUUGUUCAAGCUGCUAAAUUCUAACUUGCUAGAUGAAGAGAGCUAUCGAAGAGAAUUAGCAUCAUGUACUGGAGCACUUAGAACAUCAAUUAGCCAGCACUUGUUUAAGGAAGCAGAACAGGUCUUCCCUUUGGUCAUUGAAAAUUUUUCAUCUGAAGAGCAGGCAUCAUUGAUAUGGCAAUUCCUUUGCAGCAUACCAGUUAAAAUGAUGGCAGAAUUUCUUCCCUGGCUUGCUUCAUACAUAUCAUCUGAUGAGCAUCAGGAUCUGCUUAGGUGCUUGGGCACAGUUAUUCCCAAAGAGAAGCUUCUUCAUCAGGUUGUCUUUGGAUGGAUGAAAGGACAAAAUAUCAAAUGUAGAAGUUGUACACAUAAUACCGAGGUUCAGUGGCAGGAGGCCGGAACAAGCAAAUUACCCAGUUAUAAUGAUGAAAAGGCGUAUGGUAAUUGUGGACCUUCUAAAACUGUUAAAAGGAAAUGGGUGGAGCUAAGUGAAGAUCCAACAAAUUACACUAUAGCAUGCCCCUUAGAUGAAUUAUUACUUUGGCAUAAGGCUAUAAAGCAUGAGUUGAAUGAUUUAGCUGAGACAGCUAGGAAAAUACGACUAUCUGAAGAAUGUUCUGGUUUGUCUUCUUUUAAUGGGAGGCUGCAAUUUAUAUCUGAAGUCUGCAUCUUUCACAGCAUUGCUGAGGACAAAGUUAUAUUCCCCGCUGUAAAUGCAGAGAUAUAUUUGCUCCAAGACCACGCAAACGAGGAACUCCAAUUUGACAAUCUUAGGUGCCUGAUAGAAACUAUCCGAAGUGCUGGAGCCAACCCAUCUCCUGAAUUCUUUAUUAGGCUGAGCUCCCAUGCUGAAGAAAUAAUGAAUACUAUACUGAAGCACUUUGAAAAUGAGGAAACUCAGGUUCUUCCACUUGCACGAAAGCUACUUAGCCAUCAAAGGCAACGAGAAUUACUUUAUGAAGGCUUGUGCAUGAUGCCCUUGAAGUUGAUCGAAUGUGUAUUACCAUGGCUAGUAGGAUCACUGAAUGAAACAGAAGUUAGGUCAUUUCUUCAGAAUAUGCAUAUGGCAGCUCCAGCUUCUGAUCAUGCGCUGGUUACCCUUUUUUCUGGUUGGGCAUGCAACAGACAUUCCAUGAGCAGUUGCUUCUCUUCAAGCGUGACAGGUUUAUGUCCUGCCAGGAGAUUGAUGGAGAUGGAAAUAACUAGCUUAUCAUUUUGCUUGUGUGAGCAUACAUUCAGUCAUUGUAAAAAGUCUUCAUACGUUCAACAAGAUAGUACAAAUGGUCAUGUUGGACCUGUCAAGCAUGGAAAUCCCGAAACAAGACAAGACAAUGACGUUUCUAACCUGAUAAUAACUAGUGAAACUCUUAACUUGCCUUAUAAUCAGUCCUGCUGUGUCCCAGGAUUAGGGUUGAAUCCAAGUCACCGAGGAAAUGGUUUGUUGGCCCAAACAAAGUCUCUGCGAGCUUUAUCAGAUUGUCCAUCUGCGCCUUUCCUCAAUUCCAGUCUUUUUAUGUGGGGAACCGAUAUAGUCUCUGCCGAUAAUCAAUUUACAACACGGCCUAUUGAUAACAUAUUUAAAUUUCACAAGGCCAUCUGUAUAGACUUGGAGUAUUUAGAUCUUGAAUCCGGAAAACUUAAUGAUUGUGAUGAAAUUUUCAUUCAGCAAUUCACAGGUAGAUUUUUCUUGUUGUGGGGUUUGUAUAGAGCUCAUAGUAAUGCAGAAGAUGAUAUAGUAUUUCCAGCAUUAGAAUCAAAAGAGAAUCUUCACAAUGUGAGCCAUUCUUACACUUUGGACCACCAGCAGGAAGAUAAGUUAUUUUUAGAUAUUUCUUCUGGACUCACCCAACUUACCCAAUUACAUGAAUUGCUAAAUCAAAGGGAUUCAUCUAACCAUCUAACUAGCUGUUACUCUAAUUGUGGUGGUUUCUCUAACACUGUACAAACUUACAAUGAGCUCUCUACAAAGAUUCAGGGCAUGUGCAAAUCUAUCAGAGUGACACUAGAUCAACAUAUUAUCAGGGAAGAACUUGAAUUAUGGCCAUUGUUUGAUAAACACUUUUCUGUGGAAGAACAGGAUAAAAUUGUUGGUCGUAUAAUUGGUACUACAGGGGCAGAGGUUCUCCAAUCAAUGCUGCCGUGGGUUACUUCUGCUCUCACACAAGAUGAGCAAAACAAAAUGAUAGACACAUGGAAGCAGGCUACCAAAAACACCAUGUUCAAUGAGUGGCUUGAUGAAUGGUGGACAGGACCUGAUUCACCUGUGAAUAUCACUACAUCCAGAGACCAUUCACUAGGUACCGAUGCCUAUGAAGACUCAGAGCAUGACUUUCAAGCCUUCAGGCCUGGAUGGAAAGACAUAUUCAGGAUGAACCAGAAUGAACUUGAAUCAGAAAUAAGAAAGGUUUCUAGAGAUUCAACUCUUGAUCCAAGAAGAAAAACAUAUCUUAUUCAGAAUCUAAUGACCAGUCGUUGGAUAGCUUCUCAGCAGAAGUUGUCUCAAGCAGCUGGCGGUGAAUCUUCAAACAGAGAAGAUUUAUUGGAAACAUUACCUUCAUUUCGUGAUCCAGAGAAAAAAGUCUUUGGUUGUGAGCAUUACAAAAGAAAUUGCAAACUCCGCGCUGCUUGCUGUGGGAAACUAUUCACGUGUAGGUUCUGCCAUGAUGAAGUUAGUGACCAUUCAAUGGAUAGGAAGGCUACAACCGAGAUGAUGUGCAUGUGCUGUCUUCAAAUACAGCCUGUUGGACCAGUUUGUACAACACCUUCCUGUGGUAGUCUCUUAAUGGCAAAGUACUAUUGUAGUGUUUGCAAAUUUUUUGAUGAUGAAAGGACGGUUUAUCAUUGCCCUUUCUGCAAUCUAUGUCGUCUGGGAAAGGGACUCGGUGUUGACUUCUUUCAUUGCAUGCAAUGUAAUUGUUGUUUGUCAAUGAAAUUGGAUGAUCACCUAUGCCGGGAAAAGGGCUUAGAAACAAACUGUCCCAUCUGCUGUGAUUUUUUGUUCACAUCCAGUGCAUCUGUCAGAGCUCUCCCUUGUGGACAUUUCAUGCAUUCUGCUUGCUUUCAGGCAUACGCAUGCAGCCACUACAUCUGUCCAAUCUGUAGCAAAUCUAUGGGGGAUAUGGCGGUUUACUUUGGCAUGCUUGAUGCUCUAUUGGCUUCUGAGGAGCUCCCAGAAGAAUUUCGGAAUCGACGUCAGGAUAUACUUUGUAAUGACUGCCAUGAGAAGGGUACUGCUCCAUUCCAUUGGCUAUACCACAAGUGUGGGUUUUGCGGAUCUUACAACACAAGGAAAAUUUGAAGUGGACUCCAGUUUUCAAUUGCUGCAUUUCGCAGUCGUGAUGGAUUGUAAUUUAAGUCAGCUCCUUAAACUGAGAUUUGGAUUAAUGUGUUAUGCAUAUAUACAGUGUCCAGAACCACUACUUGACUGAGAUUUAUGUCCCACAAUGACUCUGUACAAAGUGUAGAACCAAUGCAUUGUAUAUAAAUAACAAGUACUGAACCCUGUGAAUAGCA